CGAGAUUGUUGGCGGAAAUAGAGUUUAAUUAGCUGUGCGGAAAAAAUGGCUGCAGCCAGUGUGGCUACUUUUUGUAGAAGAAUCUCAGCAGUCCUGAAGGCUUCCGGGUCAUUAAUAACUCCUGAGGCUCCCACUAGGUCAGGGUUUUCUCUUAACUUGUUUUCUAAGAAUGCACCAGAUGUCACAUCCUUUCACCAGUGUAAAUUACUUCAUACCACAUUGUCAAGAAAAGGACUGGAGGAAUUUUUUGAUGAUCCAAAGAAUUGGGGGCAAGAAAAAGUGAAAUCUGGAGCUGCAUGGACCUGUCAGCAGUUAAGGAACAAAAGUAAUGAAGAUUUACAUAAACUUUGGUACGUCUUACUGAAAGAAAGAAACAUGCUUCUAACUCUAGAACAGGAGGCCAAGCGGCAGAGUUUACCAAUGCCCAGUCCAGAACGGCUGGAAAAGGUAGUUGAGUCCAUGGAUGCAUUAGAUAAAGUGGUCCAGGAACGAGAAGAUGCUUUAAGGCUUUUACAGACUGGUCAAGAAAGAGCUAGACCUGGUGCUUGGAGAAGAGACAUCUUCGGGAGAAUCAUUUGGCACAAGUUCAAGCAGUGGCCUAUACCUUGGUACCUAAAUAAAAGAUACAACAGGAAACGAUUCUUUGCAAUGCCUUAUGUGGACCAUUUUGUCAGACUGAGACUUGAGAAACAAGCCCGCAUUAAAGCAAGAAAAGCCAGUUUGGAGAAAAAGAAAGAGAAAGCUUUACAAGAAAAGUUUCCACAUCUUGCUGAAGCCCAGAAGUCGAGUCUUGUCUAAAAAAAAAUCUAAUGUUUUUCUGUGUACAAAAAUAUAUACUAAGUGAUUUAUAAAGAAA